AUGCCAAAUUCACGAGAGGAAGAGUUGUCCGAUUACAAAGAAGAUCGAUUCUAUCCAGUUCGACUGGGCGAGGCUUUCCAAGGCCGCUAUCAAGUAAUUGCCAAGUUCGGUUUUGGUAGUUCCUCGACAUCCUGGCUAGCUCGGGAUCAUCAGUAUGUCGCACUGAAAGUGUACGUGUACACCUCUAUGUUUCAUCGAGAACUCCCAGUUUACGAUCACAUCUCCCGCCGAAUGGGAGAUACGUCACAUCGAGGACGAGACAAUAUCCGAAGAUUGCUAGACUCUUUUCAAGUCACUGGUCCAGAUGGCAAGCAUAUCGUCCUUGUCUUCGAAGCUGCCCAGAUGAGCCUACGUGACAUGAAGCUGGUGUUCCGGCGGGAUGGGUUUGAUGAAGACCUUGUAAAGGGAGCAAUAAUUGAGCUUCUCGAGGCGUUGGAUUUUCUCCAUACCUGUGGAGAGAUUGUUCAUACCGAUAUACACCCAGGGAAUAUGCUUCUUGGUGUCAACAAUAACGAUUUAUUUCACAAACUCGAACAAGAGGAAUUUUCAUCCCCGGUGCCUCGCAAGCCAGUCUCACCUUCUCGGACUAUCUAUCUCUCGCGCCUAAUACGACCCAAGGCAGGUCCCAUGUUGCUCUCUGACUUUGGGGAGGCCAGAAUCGGUUUAGGACCACAUGGCGGCGAUAUCAUGCCCUUGGAGUACCGUGCUCCUGAAACAUUGCUUUGUGUGGGGUGGAGCUAUCCCGUUGAUAUCUGGAGCGUUGGUCUCACGGCCUGGGAUCUCCUGGAGCCAAAAAGACUCUUCACAGCGCGCGACGAAGAUGGCAAUCUUUAUGAUGCUGCUCACCUCGCCCAGCUGAUUGCUGCUUUUGGGGCCACCACCCGCAGAAUUUCUAGCUAA